UGAAAAGCGGUGAUCUUCACCUGUUCCUUAGAAGCUUCCCUUGAAUCAGUCCCUUUACCCUCGGUGACUUCUGAGCGCAAGCCUGCCUGCCAACAUUUGCCCCUGUCAGUCAGUCUUAAGCACCCCCCACCCCCCGCCAAGCCUGUCUUAUCAUCUUACCCCAUGGGUUGGUCUCACACUUUUUCACUCUACUUCUGCCAGUGUCCGACCGGUGGCCGAGAGCUCUCGUAAAAGUGAGCGCUGAGAACUGGGUUCCAAAUCGAGGACUUUUUGGUGACUGUUGCCUGGAAACUGGGAAGACGUACCUGGAACUCAGCUUGGAAUAUUUUCCAUUCACAGGAGCCGGGCUGUCAUUGCUUCACUGUGUAGUGGGCCCCCAGAGUGGCUUUGACUUUGUCGUGCGCGUGCCUGUUUGUGGGCCCCAACAACAGUUGCGGACUCGUGUUGUGAAUCCGGGUUUAUCCCUUCUUCGCCGGCUCAGUUCUUUCUACGGACAUGGCGUCUUUAAGAAGUCUGAUUCUUGCGCUGCUGAUGGCGCUGCUCUGCUCCUUCCACGCCCCGUCGGCUCCUGCGGCCAAAGCGCAAGAUCUGCCGUUCCGCUCUGAGCAAGGCCUGGUGGCCGACGACGAUGAUGAUGAUGAUGAUGAUGAUGAUGAUGGAGAUGAUGAUGAUGACGACGACGACGAUGAUGAUGACGAUGAUGAUGAUGAUGACGACGACGAUGACGAUGAUGACGACGACGAUGAUGACGAUGAUGAUGAUGAUGAUGAUGAUGAUGACGACGACGAUGAUGAUAAUGAUGAUGACGACGAUGACGACGAUGAUGAUGAUGAUGAUGAUGACGACGACGACGAAGACGAUGAUGAUGACGACGACGAUCAUGAAGACGACGACCGCGAUGAUGACGGCGAUGUUGACGACGACGAUGAUGACGGCGAUGGUGAUGAUGAUGACGACGAUGAUGACGGCGAUGGUGAUGAUGAUGACGACGAUGAUGACAACGAUGGUGAUGAUGAUGACAACGAUGAUGAUGACGAUGAUGAUGAUGACGACAAAGAUGGCGAUCAUGAUGAUGACGAUGAUGAUGACAACAACAAAGAUGGCGAUCAUGAUGCUGACGACGAUGACGAUGACGACGGCAAAUACCACAGGGGCUCCGUCUGCGCAUACUGCGAAAUCUGUGAGCACUGCGACAGCUGCGAUAAAUGUCCUUGUGAAGAAGGAGACAAGUCGGAACACUGCGAUGACUGCAAGAUGUGCCGUUUCUGCCACGUGUGUCCCGCAUGUCGAACUGUUUGCCAACCCGGGGGCUUCCUUGACAAAGUGACCGGGUCAAUCUACAAGACCGUCGCCGAUGUCUUUGAAGAGGAUGACGACAACAACUGACACCUGCCCUCAUGUGGCUAAUCCAAGUGUCAUCUUCACUUCGAAAUGCUUUAUUAUUAUUAUUUUUUUUUUGGAUCACUUACUUGGGAACCUCACUGGUGCCUUAACAGAAAUU